UUUGGAUGAGAGAGAGAGAGAGAGAGAGAGAGAGAGAGAGAGAGAGAGAAUCUGCUAGAAAAGGACAGCGGAUAAAUGCGGAUACAAACAUAGAUCCAGGUUGUCCGUAUGGACAGAUUUGGAGACAGCUAACCUGAGAGAGAGAUCUGUUGUUGAGCGAAAAAGGUUGGACCUGAUCACUGUGACGUCUCAGUCUUCUUUAUCCGAGCAGAAGAGAUUACAAUUUAGAAAGCCGCACAAGCAACAGAACUAGCCAUGACCACUCACGAGUCAGAGGUGUACCCGGUGGCACCGGAGAUGCCAGCCAUGUUUGAUGGAAUGAAGCUGGCGGCCGUUGCCACCGUGCUCUACAUCAUCGUCCGGUGCCUGAAUCUGAAAAGCCCCACUGCGGCCCCGGACCUCACGUGCCAGGACACGCCGCUUAACCGCUUCCUUCUCAAGUCCUGCCCCUUACUGACCAAAGAGUACAUUCCUCCGCUGUUGUGGGGGAAAAGUGGCCAUUUACAGACGGCUCUGUAUGGAAAGCUGGGCCGCGUGAGUUCACCACACCCGACCGGCCUGCGCAAGUUUCUGCCGAUGCAGGAUGGCGCCACAGCGACCUUUGAUCUCUUCGAACCCCUGGCGGAUCAUCAGAGUGGAGCGGACGUCACCAUGGUUAUCUGUCCAGGCAUUGGGAACCACAGCGAGAAGCACUACAUCCGCACAUUUGUGGAUUACUCACAGAAGCAAGGCUACCGCUGCGCCGUGCUCAACCACCUCGGGGCCUUGCCCAACAUCGAGCUCACCUCCCCCCGCAUGUUCACCUAUGGCUGUACCUGGGAGUUUGCAGCCAUGGUGGGCUACAUAAAGAAGACCUACCCUCAGAGCCAGCUCAUCAUGGUGGGCUUCAGUCUCGGUGGCAACAUCGUCUGCAAAUUCCUCGGGGAGAAUCAUGCCAAUCAGGAGCGUGUGCUGUGCUGCGUGAGCGUGUGCCAGGGCUACAGUGCACUCAGAGCUCAGGAGACCUUUCUGCAGUGGGACCAAUGCCGGCGCUUCUAUAAUUUCCUCAUGGCUGACAACAUGAAGAAGAUUAUCCUGUCACACAGGGGCAGUCUAUUUGGAGGAGGCUCUCUUAAGUUGAUAGAUGCCGAUCUGAGACGCCUUUACACUGCCACCUCUCUUAUGCAGAUCGAUGACAACAUCAUGAGAAAAUUCCAUGGACACAAUUCUUUGAAAGAGUACUAUGAGAAGGAGAGCUGUGUGCACUUCAUUCACAAUGUGAACGUUCCACUCCUGCUGGUGAACUCCGCCGACGAUCCUCUCGUACACCAGUCUCUUCUCACCAUCCCACGCACACUCGCAGAAAAGAAAGAGAAUGUGAUCUUUUCUCUGACGCUGCACGGCGGCCACCUGGGAUUCUUCGAAGGCGCCGUUCUCUUCCCGCAGCCUCUCACCUGGAUGGAUAAGGUCAUCGUGGGGUACGCCAACGCCAUCUGCCAGUGGCAGAAGCAGAAGCCAACAUGCCAGAGCCAGGAAGCCCAAGCCUCAGAGGGCACAUGCUUGAACAAUACUUCCUAAACUUUGACCUCUGCCCUCACUCAAAUCAUACCCAUUCCCUAUCAAACCACUCAGACCUUCCUGACUGGUCUGACCUUUCUGACUCAUCUUACACACACAAAAAAAGUGUCUUUGUGAUCAGUGCUAGAGAAAAUGUUUCAUAUACGGGCACAUAGACGUUAGAGAGGAUGAAAUGAGGACAGUGUUAUACAUGUACCAUAUUUUCUGGACUUAAAGAUUAUUACUUAAUAUAGUGACCCAUAUAUUUUGCAUCACGCUAAUUCUAAGUACGUUUAUUUGUGUUAAAACCCAAACAAUAGUUUGGCACUACAAUAACGCAAGCAUAAAAGAUGUGUUGCCUGAUGAAAUUUGAAUCUUUAUAUAUAUAUAUAUAUAUAUAUAUAUAUAUAUAUAUAUAUAUAUAUAUAUACAUAUUAGAUUCUUAUAUUUCACAUUCUAUUUCACAACCGUUCUGAAAACUACAGACUUUUCAGAACUAUUUUUAAAGUUACUCCAGAAAAGUGAGAAAUUGCGUUUAAAGAUCACUGAGUAAGGAAAUCCCAAAGCAAGAUUUCAGGAAUCUUUAGUCAGACUGCCUGAUUUUACCAUCAUGUUUAACACACAGUGACAACUGAAGGGCUCUGCAGACCAUAAUAUAUGUUAUGACUUCUUGAUAAGGAUGGACUUACAGACCGGACCAAUUACACUAAAGUGCCAUUAUAGAUGCAGUGAAAAGAUAUUUAAAAAUGACUGCUACAUUAAGCCAACUCGAACUGCUCCAUAUAAAAUGCGUCUUGCUCUUGGAUACAACUUAUUGUCUGGAAAAUACGGUACACAUCAUGUCGGUUUAAAUACGUCUGGCCCUAGUGUAAAAGAAGUUUGCUUGAAGCUGCUAGAGUGGAAAGACUUCAGCACAAACAGCUACUGUAGACCGACCGUGCACUACUACACUGUAUAUAACACUGAGGGAACUGGCCGUUAUGCAGGCACUGUGUGCUUAUAGCGAGGACGGGCAUGCUGCUGGUGCCUCUUUCUGUGCUCUUCAACACGCUCUGGUCUGUUGAUACCUCGACUAGACCGAGUCAGCACUUUUCAUUUUACUGUAUUAUUCAUUUUGGGUGGGGGAAAAAAAUGUUAAACAUAAAUCAUCAAAGCUAAAAAACGCUUUUUCUUUUUUUUAUUAAAGCACUUUAUUAUUUUUGCCAUAACAUUUAUUGCAUAGUUAAAGUUAAAACAGACUAGAUCAUACAAUGCACUAAGAGGGAGAGAUGUCCAAUCUCUUCAGCUCAAUGACUCGAUGAUCCCUCCUGUUCACCAAAGCCUGACAUUCACCAAAACACGUUGUCAGUUCUGUGCACUCGGCUGUGAUGUUGUUAGGAUUGUUGUUAGUUUGGUUGAAGUGUGGAUCAGAGUAGGAGUUUCAGCAGGAGACUGCGUGUGUCUGUGAAUGCUGGCUCACUGCACGCAUGUGUUUCAUUUUUCAUUUGUGGUUCGUGACCAGUUUUUAUGGUUGUUUCAUUGUAAUUUGUAAAAGGAACAGAAUCUGAACUUUGAGCAAAUUACUGACUUUGUGUUUCAGUUGUUCAGAGUAACUGCAUGUUCUUGAAUAGUUGGAGUAGAAUGGAAGCAGAAAGAAAAGUUGCACAAGAAAGUGAAAGGGGGAAAAAAAAAACUUUUCAGCUUUUAGACUGAGACAUGUUUAGUGUCUGAAGUUCACUUCAUUGGUUUUAUAGUGAAACACUGAUACUGUUCUUGCUACCAGUCGAAUGAAGGGCGCUUACAGCCAUCAGAUUAACGCUGGGCAUGUCAAGUGUUCAUAGUUCCAGGGUCUUGUUUAAAUCCUGAGUUUUUUUUUCAUUCUCCACUUUGUCCUUGUUGGUUUCUUCCAGUUUGCUCCUAAAACAUUUUGGUUACUCUUAAAUUGCCCCUACUAACAUUAAUCUCAUUUACACAGCUGAGCAGUUGAGUGUUAAGGGCAAACUGCCACUGCUUGGAUUUGCACUCACGACCUGUGAUCAGUAGCCAAAUCAGUGUUUAAACCAUCAGUGACUUGAAUUCAAAAGUCAUUUGGUUAAAGUUGCUAAAUGUACUUAUUUUACUUUCAGUUACAAAUGAAAUCUGACCUGUUGUCAUCUGAAUCACUACUAACAUGCUGAUAAGGAAUGUGAAUGUCUGCGGCCACUUACAGUAUAAACCAGUGGCCUAACCGAGUCUGCUUGAGAUACCAAACAACUCAACACAGUAUACAUCCAGCAUGCACAAUGCUAAACAGCUUGCUGUAAGACAAUGAUUAGUUAGUAGCAAUAAUAAUUUUAUUCAUAUAUGUGCAAUUGGAUGGGAUCGAGUUAUUGGAAAUGGGAUGCAGAUGUUUGAGACCAUCGAUGGCUUCAUUUUGUGACUGCACUCAGCCAGUUAUUUCUAAAUCAUCUGAAAGAUAAGGAAGUUCGAGUUAGUCAGUCAGUAGAGCACAGACGCCACCUCCUGGCCUUUUUUUUGUUGUUGUUGUUGUUGGUUAAUCUCAAUUUACACCAAAAUCCUGUGUUUUAUAGUAUUUGUAUUUGGUUCAGACCUCAAGCUCAAAUCUUAUGCAGUAAACACUUUCAUUCGUCUGCAGGAAAAAAAUGCUUCUGAUCGCUCUUCUAUCAGAUCUCUUGUUAGCGGGACACUGGUCAAGGAAAAUCAGUUUGUUCCUUCAGUAUUGAAGCACAUCAUGAGAUCUGAGCUAUCAGAAACACCAGCAUCAUUCCAGUCUCCAUUAUCUGAUGCUCAGCAACCUUCUGCCUUUCUGAAUGUUUCUUACUUUUUUUUUUGCACAAAUGCAGGCUUUAGCCGCGUCUCUUUUGAUUUUCAAGGUUCAUUUAUUGAUAUCUAUAUAUAAUUGUCUCUUGGUGUUGGUUAUUUACUCAUUUGUUUUGGACUAUGAUGUACAUGAAUAAUCAUCAGUGAGUGUGUGCUGAUCAUCAGCACGUUUUGUUCUGAAAACCAAAACCAGAAAAAAAUGUAAAUAUAACACGGUGAACAUGAAUUCUGUACUUUAUAUAACGGUGUUUUUUUUUUUUUUUUUUUUUUUUUUUUUUUCUCUUUGUGUGUGUUUUUGUUAUUUCCCCAUCAGCAAUAAAAUCUGAGUUUUGUUAUUUGUUUUUUUACCAUGCCAAACUGAAGGGCCUUGUCCAGAUAAAUAAGAAGCGUGUCAAAUUAGGAGUGUGAAAUCCCAUUCCUGCUGUUCACACACAGUAAAGCCCGCAUUAAAAAUCCAUUGGCAUUCCCACUGACCACGUUAGACCAUCAGGUGAAAAUUGCUAAUGCAGUGUAAGAUCAUUCCAUGAUUUAUGCAGUGAAAUUUGAUUUAUAGGUUUAUAGAGCUGAUCACAGUGUGUUCACCGUGCUGUGUGUUUGAUGGGUUGUUUGUACCCAUGACUACAUCAUAUUCCACCUUUACUAACCAUAACAACAUUGUGUGUCUGUCUUAAAAAAAAUUUUUUUGGUUGUUUUUUUUUUUUUUUUGGGGUGAAAAAAAAAACAGUGUGUGAAUGAAUAAUUGGAUUAAAUAUAAUUCAUGUGUUAAAAUAAAUUAUUUUCUUGUAUAAAUA